AUGGACCUGCAAGCUGCAGGAGAAGAACCCGUGAAGGGUACCACACCACCAGAUCUCUUGAUGUCACCUGAACUGCAACUCCGACUCGACAACUGGCGACUGACGGGCGAGUCCCCCUUGCAGGAGCUUCAAGUUUCUGACAGGAUAUAUUGGACACGAUUUUCAACCAUUGAUCUACGUCUUGUUCACCACAUCACGACAUUAUCAACUGACAUGUACAAUCUGGGAUAUAGCCCAUGCACGGUCUGGGUGUCUAGAAUGCCUUCGCUCAUUUCGGCCGCUCUAACACAUGAUUUCGUGAUGAGUGCGUUGCUUGCACUGUCGGCAUCUCAUCUAGCAUGGCAGACGAAGAACACAGACACAGUCAAUCUGGCGUACCACCACCGAGGUGUCGCUAUCAAAGGUCUCCAUCAAGCCAUUGGGGCCUUUUCGAGAGAGAAUUCCGAAGCUAUUCUUGCUGCCUCAAUUCUCCUCUCGUGGCAGGCUACGGAUUGGUGCGUUCAGUGUCUAGCAACUCUGCAACAGCUAACAAUUACCAGGCGCGGCUGGGCCUCACUCCAACAGGGAGUAUCGACGGUUCUGAGUGCGAUGAGGAUGUGGAUACAUGAAUCAGAGCUCGCAAGGUACUUGGAAAGCCAGAGAACUAUAGCGAGAGCAAGAACACCGGCGACACCCUCAAUGCCGCAUGCCCAGGUGUUGAUCCCUCAUGAUGAACUUCGCCGGAUAGAAGAAAUCAUCACGGCCAUUCAUAAUUUGAGACUGCGACUUUCGGCAAACGAAGAGCUCCAGGAACAUGCGGGUCAACUACUUGAUUACCUGCAGGACUUACAACGAGACUUAUCAAUUGCAUCACCCGACAAAGCGUUCAGCCGACUACAGCCACUACGGGACAUGAUCUUCUGGCUGCCACCCCUCAUCCUACAGGGUCCUGACCCCGAUCUGGGACCCUUGGCUCUACUCGCACAUCUUUACGCCGGUGCGCUUGCGAUUGAACCACUGUUUCCAGAGAUUGGGGGCGCGUACCUCGGAAACAUGUCCAUUGGACCACUGGAGAAGAUUCAUGACAUGCUGAGAACAAGGCGUGCGACACAACCCCAAGACACGAGCAUCUCUCUGGCCUUAUCUCUUAUGGAGGUACCAAUACAGAUAAUGACUUCAUACAGACUGAGGCAGAGACAUAACAGCCAGGGGAAUCAGGGCAUUGAGGGCUAUCACCAUUCUCCGCAAGGAAGUCCCUAUGUGGGCCCUCGCAUACCGAUUGCUACUCCUAACUCAGACAGCUCAGCUGCCCCUAUCUACCCCAAUUCACCGCUACACGCGCCCGGCAAUCUGUCCAUGCCCGGAUCGUCAUAUUUCCAAGCGGCUCUGGCGCCUGCGGAACCACGGCGAGAAUCGUCAAUAUCAUCGAUAUCGUCGAUGGGGCGUACCCCUCCCAUGAGUGACCCUCGGAGCCUCGCCUCAAGCAGCCCACAUGCCCUGGGUAUGGUGUAUGGAUCUCCAGCCACACACCCGCGAAGCAGCCACGAGCUUUCAGGGUCAAGAAUGGACUACUUUGGACAAAUUCAAGCACCGUACAAUCAAUACGGCAGCAUGAACAUGAAUACUCGGUUCGUCGCUCCUUCACAACUCUGGACUUGA